AUGUCGAGCAUAGAGGAAGGAGGGCUUGAGAAGAGGAUACACAAGGCAGCACUUCUCGAGACGGUUGCAGUCUUGAACGAGGCUGCAGACGGAAAAAGAGGCAAAAAGAACGGGAGAAGGGCUUCUCCAAAGGGAGAGAAGAGGGAAGGCCAAAAGAAAGACAUGCGCAGCAAAGCCGAUAAACCCGGAACAAGGCCCGGGAAGCAGAAGAGGAACGCAGUGAGGAAGCUGGGAAAGAGGACGGACGAAGGGAAUACCAGGGAAGACAAGGAUGCAACGGAAAGCUUGAGGAAAAUGACGAGAAAGGAAAGAAGACUGGAAAAGCUGAGGAGCAGGGGCAAGGGGCCGUCCUCGAAGGAGUAUUAUGAGAAGUUUAUCAAGAAACACAAGGAUAAUGGUGAUUCUCCGCAGAAGAAGAUCACUAGGGAUACCCUCCCCUCGAAGCGUAAGGAGGACUUCCCUAUGGACGAUGAGGGCAAGAAAAGAAGGGGUCAGUAG